AUGGGUGGCACUAUUGGCUAUGGUGCAGGGCAUGGUGGUGGUUCUGGAUGCGGUUAUGAGGAUGGGGGAGUGGGGAGAUAUGGAGAUGGUGGAGGUGGAGGUUCUGGAGGAGGUGGUGGUUAUGAAGGUGUAGUUGAUCGUGGUAGAUAUGGGGUUGGUGGUGAAGGUGGUGGUAGUGGUGGAGGUAGUGGUGGCUAUGUACCUGGUGGAGAGCAUGGAGGAGGAUAUGGAAGUGGUGGUGGUGGUGGACAUGGUGGAGGAGGGGGUUAUAGUACAGGUGGUGAUCAUGGCAUAGGAUAUGGAAGUGGAGGAAGAGUAGGAAGUGGUGGUGGAGAUGCAGAACAUGGAGGUGCAUAUGGUGGUGGAGGGGGAGGUGGUAAUGGCAGUGGUGAUGGAUAUGGUAGAGGUGCAGAACAUGGAGGUGCAUAUGGUGGUGGUGUAGAAGGUGGUAGUGGCAGUGGUGGUGGAUAUGGUAGAGGUGCAUAUGGUGGUGGUGGAGGUGUAGAAUAUGGAGGUGCAUAUGUGUUAGGUUAUGGAGCCUGA